AUGGUAGCUUUUGGGGUACUAUUACCCAAAAAAAAAUUCAUCUAUCAUUACAAGAACAUGCGCUGGGCAAGAGGUCGAUGUGAGACAUACCUCUGCUUUGUGGUGAAGAAGCGAGUGGGACCAGACUCCCUGUCCUUUGACUUUGGACAUCUCCGCAACCGCAACAACUGUCAUGUGGAGCUGCUGUUCCUGCGCCACCUGGGAGCUUUGUGCCCUGGCCUGUGGGGUUAUGGAGUCACUGGUGAGAGAAAAGUCAGCUACUCCAUCACCUGGUUUUGCUCCUGGUCUCCCUGUGCAAACUGCUCCAUCCGACUGGCUCAGUUCCUCCACCAGACCCCCAACCUCCGCCUCAGGAUCUUUGUAUCCCGGCUUUAUUUCUGUGACUUGGAGGACAGCCGUGAAAGAGAGGGACUUAGAAUGCUGAAAAAAGCUGGCGUGCACAUCACAGUCAUGAGUUACAAAGAUUACUUUUACUGCUGGCAGACCUUUGUGGCAAAAAGUCAAAGCAAGUUCAAGCCGUGGGAUGGGCUGCACCAAAACUGUAUCCGGCUGACAAGGAAACUCAACCGCAUACUUCAGCCAUGUGAGACAGAAGAUUUAAGAGAUGCCUUCAGGCUUCUUGGACUGUGAAAUAUUUUCCUGACUCCCUCUGGUGCUCCCAUUAUGCAUUAUUAUCCCAUUACAAAAGAGAGAAUUAAAUGUUGUCUAUCACUACAGGAAACUGCAAAACUGAGAAAUGAUGAAAAAAAAAACCUGAGAAAAAAAUGCUUUAAAGUUGUAGCAAGGCCAAUAUUAGGGAGCUUCUGCUUGCUGUUUCUGUGGCAAAAUGAAAAUGUGAAAAUAAAAUAGACAAAAACA